CAGAAUUGAGAGAAGAAACAUUUCAUCGGUUAGUUCAACGUUCAAAAGGCUGCAAUUUGAGUUAUGGCCCGUCUCGCGGCAUCAAUUUUGCUAACAAUCAUCAUCUAUUUCGCAUAUCAAACGUUGAUGAGUGAUGCACUCUCGGUCAGUGGUUCAAAAUCGUCGGAUAGUAGUGACACGAUGGAGAAUCUGCUGAGUGAUGACAACCUGGGGAAAAUUCAAAACGCGCUGUUCAAAAGUGCAUACAAUCGACGAUCGUUCAUCAACACGAACAAUGGUGCACGGCUGGGAACUUACUCCGCUCUCAGGAAGCUGCCAUCGUUUGGAGUGGGAAAUGGUGCCGCGUCCGAAAGGAUUCCUCUGAGUUAUCUAGCGGAUAUCAGUUUGACCGACGACGAUGAUAUCGAGAAGCGAUUUGACGAUUACGGACACAUGCGUUUCGGCAAGCGUGGUGGCGAAGGCGAACAGUUCGAUGACUACGGCCACAUGAGAUUCGGGCGGUAAAGGAAAGUUAGCUCACUCUCCCUCUAAACGUGCAACUAUUUAUAGCGGCUAGUGACUUCUCUUCGUUUGGUUGACAAUAUUGUAUGAAACACUUGUAAACAAAAGAUAAUAAAUAACGGAAAUGUGCUGAACCAGAUUUGAUUGACAUAGGC